ACCUACCCCGUCCUCCAUGUUCCUCCCAGUGGGUCCGGUCGGGUUCUCUCCGCUUCGCCACACUCUCCGGCCUGCUCUGGUCGCCGCCAUGAGCACUGGCACCUUCGUCGUGGCUCAGCCGCUCAAUUACCGCGGCGGGGCCCGCGUGGAUCCGGUGGACGCCUCCGGCACCGAGAAGGCUUUCGAGCCAGCAACCGGGCGAGUGAUAGCUACUUUCACUUGUUCAGGAGAAAAGGAAGUAAAUUUAGCUGUUCAAGAUGCAAAGGCUGCCUUUAAAAUAUGGAGUCAAAAAUCUGGCAUGGAACGUUGCCGAAUCCUUUUGGAGGCUGCCAGGAUAAUAAGGGAUCGGAAGGAUGAAAUUGCCACUGUGGAGACCAUCAACAAUGGCAAGUCCAUCUUUGAGGCCCGCUGGGAUGUUGACACUUCCUGGCAGUGCCUGGAGUACUAUGCAGGCUUAGCAGGAUCCAUGGCCGGCGAACACAUCCAGCUCCCCGGUGGAUCCUUUGGUUACACCAGAAGGGAACCACUAGGGGUGUGUGUCGGAAUAGGAGCAUGGAACUACCCCUUUCAGAUCGCCUGCUGGAAGUCGGCUCCAGCUCUGGCUUGUGGUAACGCCAUGGUCUUUAAACCUUCUCCCUUCACACCUGUGUCCACACUGCUGCUGGCUGAAGUCUAUACUGAGGCCGGUGUGCCUCCUGGGCUCUUCAACGUGGUGCAGGGAGGGGCUGCCACAGGCCAGUUUCUGUGUCAGCAUCGCGAUGUGGCCAAAGUCUCCUUCACUGGAAGUGUGCCCACUGGCUCAAAGAUCAUGGAGAUGUCAGCUAAAGGAAUUAAACCUGUUACCUUGGAACUUGGAGGCAAGUCUCCACUGAUCAUCUUCUCAGACUGUGAUAUGAAGAAUGCUGUGAAGGGGGCUCUGAUGGCCAACUUCCUCACGCAAGGCGAGGUUUGUUGUAAUGGUACAAGGGUAUUUGUGCAAAAGGAAAUUUUUGAUCAGUUUUCAGAAGAAGUAGUGAAACAGACCCAAAGGAUAAAAAUUGGAGAUCCCCUUCUGGAAGAUACAAGGAUGGGUCCCCUGAUCAACCGACCACAUCUGGAGCGAGUCCUUGGGUUUGUUAAAGUGGCAAAGGAGCAGGGUGCUAAAGUAUUAUGUGGUGGAGACCUCUACGUACCUGAAGAUCCCAAAUUAAAGGAUGGGUAUUACAUGAGACCUUGUGUGUUAACUAAUUGUAGAGAUGACAUGACCUGUGUGAAAGAAGAGAUUUUUGGACCGGUUAUGUCCAUUUUAUCAUUUGACACUGAAGCUGAGGUUCUGGAAAGAGCCAAUGAUACCACUUUUGGACUAGCAGCUGGUGUCUUCACCAGGGACAUCCAGCGUGCCCACAGAGUGGUGGCUGAGCUUCAGGCUGGAAUGUGCUUCAUUAACAACUAUAAUGUCAGCCCAGUGGAGUUGCCCUUUGGUGGAUAUAAGAAGUCAGGGUUUGGCAGAGAGAAUGGCCGUGUGACAAUUGAGUAUUAUUCACAACUAAAGACUGUGUGCGUGGAGAUGGGUGACGUGGAGUCUGCUUUUUGAAAACGUGCAGUGAAGCCAGUGAACAUGGCCGGGCCUGGGAAUAAUGAGAACCGGCUCUCUUGACCGCAGCGGUGCAGCCAGAAUGUUGGCCAGAAUGGCAGAAUGUUGGCCAUUCAGGAUAAGAGAAUGGUUCAGUGUUACUUUUCAUCGCUCAAUCAGUUUCCUAAGUGAAAAUGUGCGUAAGUGCCUUUUAGAUGCUAAUCCAGAAAGCUGUGAUUUUCCUUAAAGCAAA